AUGAAGCCUCAAAUUGUCCUCACUCAACAGCUUCCAGCCACCCGCGAGACGAACACCAAGCAGCAGACAUAUCUUGUCCAUGUCUGCCGUUCGACACAGGGUGCAAACAGCAUCCCUCCGGGCGUAGGCGGCAGGCAUCUUCCCACCAUCGCUCGCUUUUUCGGACGUAAAACCUGCAACAUGCAGCACAAGCGGGUGAAUAGCGUUCAUCCGGCCUCCUCCGACCAACAGGCUAUCAAUGCCCUCCCGCAGUCGACAUGGGUGCAUGCUAGGACUUCUUGCCUGAGGCAGUUGGGAUCGACGUCCGUGAUCCAAACUGCAGGGUCGUAG